AUGCGGUUCAUUAUUUUUGAGUGGUUAACAUUAUUCCACAUUUUGAAAUUCAGCCAUGGUUUUGUGUUUCCUAGUUUCAUGGAUCCGGAUACUGGUAAACAAUUAUACGAAUUUUUGGAAAGUCACAAUUGGGUUUACGAAAACCAUACCGUUGUCAGUCCUGACGGAUAUCACAUAAAUGCGGUAAGAUUACCACGUGCAAGAGGCGAAAUUCCAAGCAACAAGAAAAAACCUUGUAUUUUGCUUGUUCACGGAUAUGCCAGCCAACCUCAACUUUUUAUGGUACCACUGAAUAAUUCCAUCGCAAUGAUGCUAGUGGAAGCAGGGUUCGAUGUUUGGAUUAUGGCAUCAAGGGGUUGCGUUUACAGCUUAAAACAUGAGUUUUUGACUCCAAAAGAUGCAAAAUUCUGGGAUUUUAGUUUUCAUGAAAUCGCUUAUUAUGAUAUCCCCGCUUAUAUGGACCAUAUUAGAAAUGUAACAGGUAAUGAAAAAAUAUCCUACAUUGGUCACUCGAUGGGAGGAGUACUUUUUCUCGCAUUUGCUACAAUUCGGCCUGAAUAUCUAAAAAGAAUAGAUUCGGCCCACGUCUGGGGACCCAUAAUUUAUAACAACUAUGCCCGAUCAAUUGAAGAGAAAACCUGGAGAGAGGACGAGCGGAUUCAGAAAGGAAAAAUUAAAGGGGAUAAUGAAUGGAGCCGACUCAAAAUGUGGUUGGCAAUUAUUUUUUGUAACACAAAGUCGCCAUUCUUAGAAAAAUGUAUGGCCUCGCAGGAUGGCUUUGGACCUGAUCGUAGUCAAAUAGACAAGGAGAAAUUUAUUGUUCAUAUGACAAACGAUCCAUCUGGAAGCUCCAUCAAAACCUACUUACAUGUACUUCAAAUAAACCAGGCAGACAGGUUUCAAUUCUAUGACUACGAAUUAUUCAGAAAUUUGCAAGUGUAUGGUCAGUUUAAACCUCCGCUCUAUAAUUUAAGAUCUAUAUCUGGCAAGAUACCAAUUAUCAUUAGCUAUGGAGUCAAUGACUAUUUUGCAGGAACAGAGGAUUUCGAACGAUUGAUAGCUGAAAUACCUGGUGCAAUAGGACAUAUAGUUCCUUGGCCUUUUUUCAAUCAUGUCGACUUCGUAUAUGCCAAAGACGCAAAGAAACUCCUGUAUGAUUACUGUGUCCGCAUGUCGAAAAUGUAUGCUACAGUGACCGAAGCCUGACGAAGAUCUAUUGGUUUCGCAUGGAUUUUGCUUUCCAAAUUAACUGAAAAAGGGGCAUAAAUUGCAUACCUACCUAUGCAUAAAAAAUUCAAAUAAUAACUUGUAUAUUACCAGAAAAAAAUUAUCCGCUUGACACACCACAAAAUUCAAUAUUCUUGUACUUUUGAAUCAACAGGAAUUACUUUUGCAUUCGUGGCUUUAGGAACAACAAACAUAACAUAAAUUUUUGUAUGUAUAACACUGCAAUAUUUAAAAUCAAAU